AUGAUUGCACUGUACUCUCCACUCACGUCAACGCUUCUACACCUAUGGAUAUUAUCGCAAUAUGAGAGUCGCUUAAACCAAUUGAACGCCACUUCCCUGUCAUCACUGCAGACAUCAUUGACGACACCGUUGUCUUCAUCGUCGUCUUCUUCAAAGACUUUACCAACAGAUUUGUCUUCAACUACAACAACAACAGCAAAAACAACGACAGCGAGUAAACUAUCGAUUGUCGCGCCAAAGGGUAUGGGAAGCGCUUUCCGUGUCGUCACACCAAAGACUAAUCGCAUUGAAAUCGGAGGUGAUCUUAGCUCUUCCUCGUCUUCUUCCUUAUCACCCAUUGGUAUGUCGACCAGAGAUCGGCCUUCCAUUGGUGUCGACCGCAAUAGUCGGCCGCCGCCUAACAGUCAGUUACCGCUACUAUUUGCAGGUGCCAAUCCAUACUACAGUCAAUUGAGUCCAUCGCUAGCUUCUAUGUGGUCAUCGGCGGCCAGCGAGUCGGCUACGGCUUUGUCAUCGAUGCCGUCGUCCAAACAGUGGCCAGAUUUGUCCAACGCUUUGUCAUUAUUGCCAUUUUUAAGACAGGGCACGCCGUCGGCCAUAAGCGCGUGGACUGCGGCCGCCGCUGCAGCCUAUGCUUCGUUGAUGCCGACCCAAGCAACGGCCGGUUCUCAGGUGGACAGAGUUGCCGUCAAUUCGGGAGCCAAACAACGACUGGACGAUACUAACAGCGGUAGCGACGGACCUCUUAAUCUCAAGAAUUGUGAGUCUGUUUUUUAG